UUGGCAGCUGGAUGUUGGUAUUUUAUUGGAUUUGUUGACAAGAACAAUACUGAAUCCUCUAACACGAGGGCUGAAAGCAGCUCCUUCUCUUAUAAACUAAAUGAUGUGAGAGUCUCAACUAAUAUCGGUUUGUUUGCGAUCUGGGUUUGAAUGUUUCGCUCCACUGUGGGUUAAAACUGUGACCUCGUGCUGAUGCUCGGCCAUGACUUGAAUUGUCGAGUAACCUCAUAUCUGAUAACAGUAAUGGUUUUCACGAGCCUGCAGACUGUACCAUAAUAACCAGUGACUCACCGUCGUCUGACAAUAUGAAUGACUAAUCCACCUUUCGUAAUUCUUAUUAUAAUGACUGUGUUUUUCUCAAACUGUGAAAUCGAGAAUGUAAUAAUGACCUCGUCAUUUUCAUGCAAUGAAAUAACAUAACGUGUCUCCGCGUGUUUGAUUUCAAGCCACAAAUGUUUACAGAAAGACCCUCAAAAUUCAGUUGAAGAGAGGUAAAAAAAAAAAAAAAAGAGUAGUGUAAGACCACGGUGCUCAGAAGCAGGAAGUGAAGUAAACCACAUGCCUUUGACGUUGACACCUAGCAGACCUUCACUGAUAGUUUACAGAAGUCGUAGCUGGUUUCUUUCCCACGAUGAGACCCGACUGCUGCCCGAUUAUCCUCCGCGUGUCCAUCUUUGUGGCGCUCGUCCUCACGCUGGAUGCUGACGAUGAACAUCCAGAUUGUGAAGUUGAAGUCAAAGUCCGUCAAAACACGGUUUAUGAAGCGGUCGUGGGAGAAGAGCUUCGGAUUAACUGCACAGUUGAAUUCUGCAGCGACGCCCCGCCUCCGGUCUCCUGGUACAAAUGUGGGACGACUGACGUCCGUGUCAGCGUCAGCGGUCACAUUAAAACUGAGUGGAAACCUUUAAAGUCUUUCGUGGGGACAACGUUUUUGAUCUUUCUAAAGGUUCACAGAAACGACUCAGGUGUGUAUCAGUGUAAAAGUGGAGGAAGUGGCAGCCACCACAUCAACGUCUCUAUCGACAGUGUUGGAGAGCCUGCCAAUGUUACAGAGAACAACGACACGUUGCCUGAGGACCACUUCUGGCCCUUCAUUUUCCGUGCUGUCGGGCUCGCCGUGUUUGUCGUCAUCAUAUUCGUUGUAUGUGUUGCGUCGUGCUGCAGGAACAUCCAGGGAAACGCCGAGCCGUCCCAUGAUGGGAGGGCCUUCCUCUCAUAUCUAUGAAAACAUUGAGUAGUGCCUUGGAAUCCAUCCGCUAAGUUAAAAUGAUUCAUAUCCAAACAUUUCAUUGCAUUCGUUUCAAGAUUACGAGCCACUUGUAUCUGAUUUAUUCACAUAUUUACUGAUCUGUGUUUCUCAAAAAAUGGCUUUGUCACUAUGCUUUGUUUUUUUUUAUGUAGCAUGCUUUUUUUAUAGGUUUUUAUGUUGACAAAAUAUGAAGAUUUCUCUCGAUAAUGAUGUGUUUACUGUGGCGAUAACAUUGAAUAUUGCUGUAGACUGACUCUUCACUUUUAAUUGAGCUGCAAUCGCACAGAAGUGACAUUUCUCACAUGAGAAACCACCAUUGUUGAGAUCUUGCCGUGUGUGUGUGUGUGCGUGUGUGCAGAAUGCAACACAUGUACAGGUAAAUAGUUAUGUUUCCUGUCAAGGUGUAACUAUCUGUUUUCACACGUUUUGUGCAGCUAUCCUCUUUUAAAAGGUCUC